AUGGAGAAAGAUUCGUCCAGAGCACGCGCCAUAGAUAUCCGAAUCAUCUCUCACAACAUACGGUAUGCCACUGAGAAGCCUCUCAAAGGCGAAGAACCCUGGAAGGUUCGAUGCCCUCGCCUGUGCACCGAGCUGGUCAUCAACUCUAUAGCACCCUCAACAUUCAUCUGCCUUCAAGAAGUCCUCCACUCUCAGCUUGUAGACGUCCAUGCAGCACUGAACGAGUCUACAUCAGCAGGUGGAAAAUGGGACUACAUUGGCGUCGGUCGAGAUGAUGGAAAAGAAGCAGGAGAAUACUCUCCAAUCUUCUAUCGAAAAUCUGUAUGGAAGUUGAACGGCUGGGAAACAAAAUGGAUGAGCCCCACACCAGAUGUGCCAUCAAUAGGAUGGGAUGCAGCCUGUAUUCGAAUUGUUACUAUCGGUACCUUCACUCAUCUAGAGACUGGACAAAAGAUCUCGGUUCUCUGCACACAUUUCGAUCACGAGGGAGUGAAGUCACGAAGAGAGAGCGUCAAGAUCAUCCUCGCAGUGGUCAAAUCCUUGACGGACACGGAAAAACCAUCAGCGGUUCUGCUGGCGGGAGACUUCAACAGCCCUCCUGAUGAUGAUGCAUACAAGAUUAUGACUUCUCCUGAGUCGGUCAUGGAGGAUAUAUGUCUACAAAUACCAAGGGAAGAACGAUCCGGAAACGUAUAUACUUUUACUUCUUUUGGCUAUGUCGACAACACACAGUCGCGGAUAGACUUCAUCUUUUCCAGAAAAGGUGACAAGAUCAAGUAUCUCACGUAUGGGGUUAUGGCAAACAAAUUCGAUGAUGGUAUUUGUCUUUCUGAUCAUCGAGCUUGUGUUGCCGAUGUCUUGGUGGCAGAGUCGUAG